AUGGCAGAGGCUGAUAAUCAAGACCAACAGCAGAGGUUGAAAUCAGCCGUAUGGUAUACUGUGGGUCGGAUUGCCGAAGCUGAAGCUGAAAGUACUGGGAAAACGGCAUCCCCACAAUUCAUUGCCUCGCUGGCCGAUGUCGUUUACAAACAAAUUGAGACGUUGGCCAUGGACGUGGAGAUGUUUGCACGGUGA